UUCAUCAAAUACACUUUCCAAAUACAUCAUCAGUUCUUGUAUUUGCAGCCAUGGGAUUCUUGAAAAUCCUUCUUGUUUUCAUCUUUUGUUCUUUCCCAUGGCCUACUAUUCAGAGUGAUCUCGAGACUUAUAUAGUCCAUGUUGAAUCCCCUGAAAGCCUAAUUACUACUCAAUCAUCGUUAACGGAUUUAGAUAGCUAUUACCUUUCUUUUUUGCCUAAAACUACUACCGCAAUUAGCUCGAGUGGAAAUGAAGAGGCUGCGAGCAUGAUCUAUUCCUAUCACAAUGUGAUUAAAGGCUUUGCAGCAAGAUUAACUGCAGAACAAGUGAAGGAAAUGGAGAAGAAACACGGCUUUGUCUCUGCUCAGAAACAGAGGGUUUUGUCCUUGGAUACUACUCAUACUCCAAGUUUUCUUGGUUUGCAGCAGAACUUGGGUGUAUGGAAGGAUUCCAACUAUGGGAAAGGCGUGAUCAUCGGAGUUAUAGACACUGGAAUUCUUCCUGACCAUCCUUCAUUUAGUGACGUUGGGAUGCCUCCUCCGCCUGCUAAGUGGAAAGGAGUUUGUGAGUCCAACUUCAUGAACAAGUGUAACAACAAGCUCAUUGGAGCAAGGUCCUACCAACUUGGCAAUGGUUCCCCAAUAGAUGGUAUUGGACAUGGUACACACACAGCAAGCACAACUGCAGGAGCCUUUGUGAAAGGUGCUAAUGUAUAUGGCAAUGCAAAUGGCACUGCUGUUGGUGUUGCCCCUCUUGCCCACAUAGCCAUAUAUAAGGUGUGUAAUUCUGAUGGUUGUUCUGACAGUGAUAUUUUAGCUGCCAUGGAUUCAGCUAUAGAUGAUGGCGUAGAUAUUCUUUCAGUGUCCCUUGGUGGAAGAUCAGUUCCUUUCUAUGCAGACAGUAUUGCUAUUGGGGCGUACAGUGCAACGGAAAGAGGGAUUCUUGUAAGUUGCUCUGCUGGAAAUAGUGGUCCUUUGCAUGCCUCAGCAGGAAACACAGCCCCUUGGAUUCUUACAGUAGGUGCCAGCACGCUUGAUAGGAAGAUAAAAGCUACUGUUAAGCUUGGAAAUGGGGAGGAAUUUGAAGGGGAAUCUGCUUAUCGUCCAAAGACUUCCAACUCGACAUUCUUCACUCUAUUUGAUGCUUCAAAAGAUCAAUCUGAAACCCCUUAUUGCAGACCAGGGUCACUCACUGACCCUGCUAUAAGAGGAAAGAUAGUAUUAUGUUUAGCAUUCGGUGGUGUAGCCAAUGUUGAUAAAGGACAAGUUGUGAAGGAUGCUGGAGGUGUUGGCAUGAUUGUCAUCAAACCGUCACAUUAUGGUGUCACUAAAUCAGCUGAUGCUCAUGUUCUUCCAGCAUUGGAUGUUUCAGCUGCAGAUGGAUUAAGAAUUCGUGCUUAUACAAACUCAACAUUAAACCCUGUUGCUACAAUCACAUUCCAAGGAACAAUAAUUGGAGAUAAUAAUGCUCCAAUUGUUGCUGGAUUUUCUUCUCGGGGACCAAGUAGAGCUAGUCCUGGAAUCUUGAAACCUGACAUAAUCGGUCCUGGUGUUAAUAUCCUUGCUGCUUGGCCUACCUCCGUGGAUGACAACAAGAACACCAAAUCCACAUUCAAUAUUAUAUCAGGUACCUCAAUGUCUUGCCCUCACCUUAGUGGCGUAGCAGCUCUGCUGAAGAGUGCACAUCCUGAUUGGUCUCCUGCUGUUAUUAAGUCUGCAAUCAUGACAACCGCUGACACAUUAAACCUUGCCAGUAGUCCAAUACUCGAUGAAAGGCUCCUUCCUGCUGAUAUCUAUGCAAUUGGUGCAGGACAUGUUAAUCCAUCGAGGGCAAAUGAUCCAGGACUAGUUUAUGAUACCCCAUUUGAGGAGUAUGUACCUUAUUUUUGUGGUUUAAGCUACACCAAUCAAGAGAUAGGUAAAAUGUUACAACGUCAGGUGAAUUGUUUGAAGGUGAAAAGUAUCCCUGAAGCACAACUAAACUAUCCUUCAUUUUCCAUAUUUGGACUUGGAUCAACUCCUCAGACAUAUACCAGAACUGUGACCAACGUUGGUGACGCUACAUCAUCUUAUAAAGUGGAGGUAGCUUCACCAAAAGGCGUUGUCGUGGAAGUUGAACCCACAGAGCUAAAUUUUUCCCGGUUGAACCAGAAGUUAACAUACCAAGUGACAUUUUCCAAAACAACCAACAGCUCAAAUAAUAAUGUUGUUGAUGGAUUCUUGAAAUGGACUUCUAAUAGGCACUCAGUAAGAAGUCCAAUUGGAAUUGUGUUAGCCUAGUGAAAAUUUGGCUUUAUAAGUGCAUAAAGUACUCAUACAUUUGAUUAAAGUGAAAAUGCUGUUUGUUUUCGCAUUAUACUUAUGUUA